AUGGCUAAAUCUAGACAAGCUGCCGAGAUGGAAGAACAAAUGAAAUUAUUUAUGAGUAAUUUCAUGGCUAUGUGGGAGGAAAAACGGCAAGAAGAUGAAGCUAAAAGACAGAAAGAGAAACAAGAAGAAGAGGCUAAAAGACAGAAAGAGAAACAAGAAGAAGAGGCUAAAAGACAGAGAGAGAAACAAGAAGAAGAGACUAGAAGACAAAUGGAAAAACGAGAAGAACAAGAACGGGUACAGAAAAUUAUUGAAGAACAAAAUACUAUAGAACAGGUUCGAAUAGAGAAAAUACUUGAGGACCAGGAGAUACGAAGCCGUAGAAUUUUCGAUAAGAUAGAAAACUUCACUGCAGAAGUUAUGUCAGUGCGUAAUGAACUGAUGGAGGUUAAGGGAAACAUCCAGGAAGUAAAAGGUCGAGUUCGUGAUGCCCAAGAUAUGGUGGAAAGAUUAGAGACGGAAGUUAAAGGCCAAAUUGUAAGACUGGAAACCGAGAUGUCUAGGUUAAAGAGACAAAGCCAAAUAGAGAGACCAGUGGCAGCAGGUUCACCUAUCAAACCGCCGACGUACGAUGGCACUACAUCCUGGACCAUGUACAGAAGACAAUUCGACGCUGCUGCAGAUGCCAAUGGUUGGGACAACCAAGAAAAGGCCACCGCUUUGGUGAUAUCUCUUCGGGGUGCUGCUCUUGAACUGUUACAAACAAUGCCGUUGGACCAACAGAGGGAUUACAGUUUGUGCUUUUAUCAGAAUAGUAAAAAAAAUCGAUAG